ACAGUAUUGCUUUGCAAGCUUUCAACAGGCAAACACCAGAGACAGGAGGAGAAGAGAAUAUAUAUAUAUAUGUAUAUAUAUUUUUUCCAAUGUUAUUUCACUGACUGCAGCUGACACUGCUUGGAGAUCUUUCAAAGCGCCAGGUGGAUUUCAUUAUCUCAAGAAGGAAUUUAUACACACACAUGCAUUCCUGGUGAUCUGGGACUUAUUUAUUUAUUUAUUGGAAGAGGAUACCCCCGCUGUUUGCGCUCUGAUAUGACAGGGAAGAUAGUGGAGAAGAUCCCGGUGACGAUGAGCGGAUUGUUAAACCACCUGCAGGAUAACAUCUACCCCGAGGAUGACAUUUCUUCGGCCGUGCCCACCUCCAUGAGCAUUUUUAACUCGGAAUCAAACAACGCCUACAAUCAGAUGGGUGGAGACGGUCUUCUGGACGUUGCAAUGGAGAAAGGGACCCAGGACAUGAACUAUUCCCACCCUUUCCAAAACUCCAACCGGAACCAGACUCUCACAUACUUGGGCAAAUUCGCCUUCGACUCCCCGCCUGGGCCACUUGGAGGCUCGAACUGGUGUUCGGAAAACAUCAUCAACUUGGCGGGCCUCUUCGGGGUCUCUCAUUCCCCCUCCACCAGCACUCAGACGUCCACCGCCUGCACCAUGGUACAGAACCAAGGCGAGAUGGAGCAGCUUUACCAAGGACCGACGCCUUAUCCACAAUGCAAUGAGAUGUACCAGGAGCAGGUCUACCACACACCCCCAAACCCCAGCAACAAUCUCUACUCCAACCAGGAGUAUCACUCCAAACCUCCCCAGGACGCCAACAUAUUCUCCGUUAUUCCGGAUUACAAUAUGUUCCACCACCAGAACGACCUGGCGUCCAUAGCGGAUCACAAACAUUUCCCAGCUUCAGUAGAUCCCAUCAGGAUCCCCCCUCCUCUCACUCCACUAACGACCAUCAAAGCCUACACGGAUUCCAAGCAGAUGCCAGCCAGCUUUAGUUCCCACCCGCAGCAAUUGACCCUCAAGCCCAUUCGGCCAAGGAAGUACCCCAACCGGCCCAGCAAGACACCAGUCCACGAAAGGCCCCACGCUUGCCCGGCCGAGGGCUGCGACCGCAGGUUCUCCAGGUCCGACGAGCUGACCAGGCACCUGAGGAUUCACACGGGCCACAAACCCUUCCAGUGCCGCAUCUGCAUGAGGAGUUUCAGCCGCAGCGACCACCUCACCACCCACAUCAGGACCCACACUGGGGAGAAGCCCUUCAGCUGCGACUUCUGCGGGCGCAAGUUCGCCCGGAGCGACGAGCGCAAGAGACACGCCAAGAUUCAUCUCAAGCAGAAGGAGAAAAAAAUGGACAAGAAUCCCUCGGCGCCCAUCCCGGCCGCGGCAGCGGGAGCCCCGGUGACAAGCUGUGCUUAGACUGUCGUCUCUCAAUGCGCAAAAACGCGAGAGGUUGAAUUGUACUCAAGCUGCUCCAAGCGGCGCCCAUUGCUUCGCCAAGAUAACGCAUUGGGGCUCUUGCACCUUUUACUCCGGGGGCCAAAUUUCCUGGCGGCGCAACGUGAAUGGCACCCAAACCCCGCCUGUUGGUUGUCCGAUGCGACCUGGUCCGUCUCUCCUGGACGUUCCGCCGAACUCUGGCGGAUCUGCUCGGCGCAAAUUUUGACGAGUACACCGUUCCAGUCGCACCCCCCUCCCGCAAACGUUUUAGCGCAAUUUCGGCGCAGCUUCUGAAAGCAGGACGGUGGGAUAUAUUUAACACUCCGGUGUGGAGCAACACAUCAGUAACAAUAUUGUCGAAGAUUAAGUUUAACGUCAGAUCUUUAACGCGGUGAGAAGAUCCUCUGGUCUCUUCCGAUGUGUUAUUUGAAGCACAUGACUACUAUUGGACUACACUGACCCUAUUCCACACACACACACACACACAGUUGACUUUUAUUGAGCAAACUUUUGAUAAUCCAUCAUGCUCACCUUCAGUAAGGGUCCCGACCCGAAACAUCACCUAUCCAUGUUCCCCAGAGAUGCUGCAUGACCCGCUGAGUUACUCCAGCACUUCGUGUCUUUUUGUGAACCUGCAGUUUCUACGUCUUCGCCAUCAAUGCUUUGUUGGUACAGACUACACAAUUCAGCAUUACAUUUACAGUGGGAUUAGACCCUGGUCACUCACUUUACUCAAUAUGCAUUUGAAACAAAGACUCCUUUGGCAUUUGGUGGCCGGACAACGUUCACGGUGGACUCCUAACAGUUAAUUACACCAUAUAAAUAUUUCUAUGAAUAGGUCAAGAUGCACUUACGUUUUCUUCAUUGUUGUGUAAAAGACCCGCGGUCAGACAGAUCGCGUGUGGUGUGUUCUGAAGUCUCCUUUGAAACGCCGCCGUCAUUUUUGACUUUGUGUAUGAGUGUACAUCUCGGUGUUAGAUGACCAGCAGGAGAGGGUUGGCUCCGGGGAGGAAUUUUGACGAGAGAACAGGAGCCAUCCGUUAUAACACUUCACCACGUGUCCAAUCAGAACUUUUGUUGUGUUGGUACUUUUCCCCCUUACCUUUCUUUGUCAUAUUAUUCCACACAUUAACAAGGGAGCAUUUUGGCGCCCAGUCAUUAAUAUGAAAGCAUGUUACUUACUGCACGAUGGCAUUUUUCUUGGGAACCAUACGCAUAAAAAAAGUUUUAGGCUUCUCUUUCAAAGCAGAUGGUUUCCUUUUGCUCUUUACGGUUUAAAUGUCUGCAUGUGGGGGGAAAAAAUUGUCAGACAUGGGAUCAAAGUGGUUUGAUAUUAACAGUUAAGGAGAAACCUGUGAGAAAUGUUUUUUCCUGGAAAUUUUUUGCAUAAAGUACAGUAUUUUGAACAGAGAUGUAUUAUAUUUUGUGGCUUUAUUUUUAAGAUUUUAUUGUAUCUUAUAAUAAGGUACAAGCUUGAAUUUGUGAAGAGAUAGUGAUUACCCACCAAUGUUCUCAUUGGCUUAUUGUCUAUUGUAAUGCAAAUACUGUAAUUUAGUUUAAAGUAUAAGCAUUUGGAAGAUAGCUGAUGCAUUGUUGUACCAUUUGCACUGUGCGCAAAUGUUGAGACAUACUGUAAAUAUAUUGUGUUUGCCGAGCAAA